CAAACUCCAGCCAAACAUCCCCGCUUGCUCGCUCGCUCAGCAUCCACACCACACCACGUCCACCAGCGCCCACCUGCCUCCUUCUUUGCCUCCCUCGCCCGUCGUCCUCAUCAACCUUCACAAGCAACCACACACCUCUUCUCCGUCUUGAGCUUCAUCAAAGGUUUGAACCGGGACAAUGGAUAGUGCCGACAAAGUGCUGGCCAUGCGACAAGAGUGGGUGUCCUUUGUCAACUCGUUGACGUCGCUGAACUUGGACGCAACAGAGUUUGACCCGCAAGCCACGGGCAAGCGCGCAUCGCCGUACGUGUCGCUGCCACACGACCGCACGCUGCGCGAGUACGUGUGGGAGACCUCAACAGACGCCCGUCAGUGCCAGUCUUACCUUGCGGGUGGCAGGCACAGCUCGCAAUCCAGCCCCACAGUCCACGGUAUUCGCACGCAGGCAUCCUUCUCCGCUUCCACGCGGCGCAGGUCCUCACUUCGAGCGCACCCCCUCGUUGAGGAAGGCGCCACGUCCCCAAUGUCCACACCGCCCUCUGCGAGCAGGCCCACAUCCCACCACAGCAGCUCGCUCUCCUCCGAUCCGCGGCGCUACUCUGGGGCAUCCACGUCCUCAGCGGCUGCACGCACUGACAGAUCAUCGCCCCGGAUGACACCAGGCAUUCAGCGCGGUGCAAACAGGCAACAAACCCUGCAGCCUCGUCGAACCGGUGCGACUCCGGCAGGAACACCACCAGCGAGGUCAUCGUCCAUGUCGCAAGCAACAAGGCCGGCUGAUCCCGGUGUUGCCCGCAUGAGCAAGGCCCUCAUGAACUUUGUCUAUUACCACCCAGGCAUUUCGCGCGAGCAAGCGGAGGCGCUGAUGAAGGGGCAGCCGUACGGGACGUACCUGCUGCGGGAUGGAUCGAACCACCGCGGGUUUAGCCUCUCUGCCAUCGACACGUCAAACAUCAUCAGACACUUUCGCGUCUGUCUCCUCCCCACAAACAAACUCCAGAUUCUGCACUGCGACUCCGUCUUUGACGACAUGCAGUCGCUGGUCGAGUACUACCAGAGCCAAAACAUUGGCGAGACAACGUCCCGCUGUCUCCGCCCGCUCGCACGCUACUUCCAGGUCUCCUACGAUUGAGCCGGCUGGGUGUGCUCGUAUGCAUUUGCGUACCAGCACGCAUGUGUGAGUGUGUGUAUGCAUUUGCGUACCUGUACGCAUGUGUGUGUGUGUGUAUGCAUUUGCGUACCU